AGGAGGGUGUUUACUCGCUUUUCAAACGGCAGAAUGCUAAAUAAGGGCCUUUGUUUGGCCGGACUAAGCAUAUCUGAGCGUGGCGAGGUUUCGAAUAGCAUUGGGAAACAGUUCACCUCCAAAGAGCUGCCUUACUGCGCCAGUGCUUGGCAAGAGAGGGCGGUAUAGGACGACAGUGCAGGACGACAGUGCAGUAGAAAAGCAUGUCUCAGAAAGGGACAAAAAAGGGAGGAGCACCCUCACCCAGAGCGAGCACGUCAUCAAACACCUCCUCUGGACACGGGGCCCCUGGGCGCCCCGCGCUCCGCCAGCCCAAGGCAGGAGAAAAUGGCAACAGCUCCAAGAGCGGCAGGAGCCACAGCCAGGGCUCUGUAGCAGCUGUCUACCUGUCCUACCUCAACACUCUCUUUGGACAGGAUAGGGAGCUGAUGCCUGAGGAGUUGGAUGAGCUGCAGGUGGCCUUUAAGGAGUUUGACUAUGAUGGAGACGGCUUCCUGCAUUACAAGGACGUGGCCGACUGUAUGAGGACCAUGGGAUACAUGCCCACUGAGAUGGAGCUCAUAGAGAUUAUACAGCAGAUCAAGAUGAAAUGGGGCGGUCACGUGGACUUUGAUGAUUUCUGUACUGAGCUGAUGGGCCCUAGGAUGUUGGCUGAGACGGCUCACAUGAUGGGGAUGAGGGAGGUACGCAGUGCUUUUAAACAGUUUGACAGCGACGGAGAUGGGCGCAUCACCUUGGAGGAGCUGAAGGACAGCAUGAAGGCCCUGCUGGGUGAGAAGCUGAAGAAGGGCGAGCUGGAGGAGAUCCUCCAGGAUAUCGACCUCAACAAGGACGGCGGAAUAGACUUUGACGAGUUUGUCAUGAUGCUGUCGUCGCGGUAGCCUGCCUCAGCCGUCAGACUAACUAGCAAGACGCCCUGGAUGAGGUCUGGAUCUCCACACAAGUGGCACAGUUCUUGUGUCAAUUUCCUGUAGCAUUGUGCAUAAUGUCUGUAUGAAACGAUUUUGCAUAUUCAGAAGAUUUAGAUCUGAAUGAUUUUCUAGUGGAAAGACUUAGAUUGUAAGAUAACAAUUUAGGUCAAAUUGUUGCCUUUUUAAAAUGAUUUACAAUAAACUGGUUUAAGCAAUGCA